AAGAAGGCAAUAGUCCAGAAGACAAUAUCUCUAGUUUCAAUUCAAUCACUCAUGGCAUCAGUUCAAUGCAACAAGCCCACUGAGCAAAACAUUAAUCAUGUUCAAUCCUCCACCGUGUGCAACAAGACCAGCACUCCAACUAGCCAACUGGCUGUUAGCAACAAGACCAACACUCCGAUUAGUCAAAAGGCUGUUUGCAACAAGACCAGCACUCCGACUAGCCAAAAAGCUGGGUCCAACAAGACUAGCACCCCGACAAUCCAAAAGACAAAUAAUGAGAACCACUCUUUUGCUGACAAAAUGAAAGAAAUGACACACAAAAUGUUUCACCGUGAACAUCACACUCAACAGGGCCAGAAGGCACACACCCAAAAAGGACGUCAGUCUGUCUGUCAUGCGUCCUGUGCAACUCAUGGCACUCAUGCUAACCAUACCCAGCAUUCUGCAAAUCGUACUACAACUAAUGGAAAGAAAAAGAUGGAAGGCCACUGCAUGCCUAUGAGGAAGAACAAACAAGAAAAAUACAAGUUCAGUGACAGCAGCAGCAGCAGUGAUGACAGCGAUAAUGAAAAGUGUGGAAAGAAGAAGAAAUGAUUACGACACAAACCAACUGGUGUCCAACUGUCAUCCCUGUGAGAAUGCAAAAACAAGCUAAAAUUUGAAUCCAGCUUACUAGCUUGUGAAAAAAAGAGAUGCCAGUUUUUAUAAGCUUUAAAAAUCUUUUGGUUGUAAGCUAAGAGUAAAAAUUCAAUCCAGCAUGGGAAACAUACAAAAAUCCAUGAAGUGAUGGUGGGAUUAGAUUUUCAGUAUGUAAGAAGCAUCAUUUUCCGCCAUCUCUGGUUACUCGAAUUAUGUGGAGGCAAUCUUCCAAAAGGCACCAUCAUAUGAACGUCAGCAAAAUAAAUGUUGGAGGUAGAAUCUCAAUUGACUAAGCUUUAAAAAGAUUAGACAUAAAUUGUCCAAAAAAAUCAUCAUAACUAAUCCAGCUUUGGGGGAAAAGGGAAAAUUAAGAAGUAAAUAAAACAAAAGUGUACAUUUUACAUGCAUCAAAACUGAGCAAUAGGAAUUAGAGCUGUAAUACAGAUGGGUAAGACAGACAGGAGUAUUAUCAGGACACUAGAUAACCUUUAAUGGGUAACCCAAGCAAACAAUAGCUGAAGCACCGAUGCCAUCAACAGCUACCAUGCAGCUAACCCUACAACAAAAGAGGACAUUUGUUGCAUGUAUUAAUAUGGAAUUAAAUGUCAUUACCUUACACUUCAUCAA